UGGAUACCAGCACCUCCACCUCCGCUGAACUUCGGAUCUUUAUUUCGCCAAAUGUAAAUACAGAAUCUAUCCUGUCAACAUGUCAAGGAGGGAGUGAAUUGGCCGACCUAAGGACACGAGCAAAGGACGAAGGAAGAGAUUAAUAUCCCUGCCUGCAAAGUGCCCACCAGUGCCAGGGGCAGAAGGAGCAGGACUGGAGGAGAGGAGUGCGUCUGCGCCCGAGACCAGAAGAGCAGAAGAGCCCUGAGAGGAAGGCGUGAGUGAGGCCGCAGCCAGCCAGCUCCUUCUCGCCCGUGUCUCGCUCUCCUUUUUCUUGACAUCUCGGGCCUUGCCUGGGCUUGACAGUUACAAAAACAAGAUGCUGCGUUCAUUGUAUGCUUACAAGGGAACUCAUGCCCGUACACUUGGAUUCCAAGUGGGUGACAAGUUCAUGGAGAUUGGGCCUUCGAGAGAUCCCAACUGGCUGCACGUGAUCAACGAACGAGGUUCUGUGGGAUAUGUACCCAAGAAUUACAUAUCUGCAGAUGAGAGUUAUGUACGAGGGCAACCUUGCCAGCAAGAAGACCCUGCACAGGAAUCAGAGGCUCCUCCCAUUGAUAUACUUGAGUUCAUUGACGGUUGCAUUGAAGCCAUACAUUUGAAUGCAAGUGAACGAGGAGGCAACUACACUCGUGGCGAGCACGAUGCCCUCCAUAAGCUUGUAGAAUUGAGGCAGGAUUGGUACACCAAGUGUCCUCCGUCCUCGCAUCCCACUAAGCGUCCUGCUCCUCCACCGCCACAACGCACAACGUCUCAGCUCAGUGUGGAUAGCGUUGGCAGCCUACCCUCCCCGUGUCUCCCCGGAACUCCACGCAGCCCUUCAAUAUCAGCAAGUGGGUCGUCAAUUAGCUUAGGGCCCCCACCCAAGGAAGCAACACCAACAGAAUCUUCUGCUGAAACCACGACCAGCUUCAUGGCUCGAGGAGAAUCUCUCGUUCGAGAUGAGAGCAGCGGAAGCAGCGAAGGUCAUGAUACGAGUAUAGGUUAUGAAUCUGAAAUGAGAAGUGAUGUAGAUUCAGUGGUCCAGACAAGUAUCAAGUCACUUGUGUCUCAAGUGCCAAAGGAAUAUCUUCGCACAUUAGUGGAAGAGGUGCGCAGCAGCACUAGUAUAAGCUACACUACUAGUCAUCAGGUAGUCGAAGUGGUGCUGAAUUCGUUAGCUACAGCCUUACCUGUUCUCCAACCACUGUGCUUACACAUCCUGUCAAGCAAAGGAGAUCAAGUGGAUGGAGGAGCUGACAAAUGGCAACAGAGUUCAGAUGGCCGACGUCUAGUGGAACUCCUGGAAAAACUGCGAGAAUGCAAGGAUGACGAGCAACAGCGUUCUUGGGCAUUGCAUGAAGAUGAGCACACCAUCACUACUCAUCUGUCUGAUCUCCUGGAUUUGUUGAACACUGGAGACCUGAUGGUGUGUCGAAGUGUUUUGUCCCUGGAUGAUUUUAGACCUUUGUUGACCCUGGUGCAGUACUACCAGAUGGAAACAAGGUGGCCUCUUCGGAAACUUCUGCUGCAGGUCUUUGGUGCUGUAUGUCAGAUGUCGGCAGCAAAUAUUUCUUAUCUCUCUGCUUCGGUGUUCCCAGUUGAACUUACAAGAGAACUGCUUGACAGCACAUACAACCAGGAGCGGCUGAGGUAUACUUCCUUGGUGCUCGGGAUGGUGCUGUGUAUGGGGGAUACUCUACCAUAUCCUCAUUUCUGUGUGAUGAAUGAAAACUUCAUGAAUGUACUACUUGAUGGAAUAGAGCAGUACCACGAGGACCCUGACACAGAACAGCUGGCAGAGUUGUACCUAGCCAUAGUCCUAGCCUUCAAUCUCCAAUAUACGACGCUCCCGCCAUCAGCAGCUAACCCUCCAAAAUCUUGCGAGGCCCCAGAAGAGGGGGAAGGUGAAGUUAAGAGUCAGUCCAAUGGAGACCUUGAGGAAAAUAAGGAUUCCUCGAAAACUGCGAUGGGAGCUGACUCCGAGAAUAUAAUCAUCAAGUUGUUAUCGAAGAGGGAAAAUACAAAGUACUUCACAGAGAAGCUUCUGCUCUUGUUCAAUAGGGAAGAGGAUCCAUUAGCCAUGUUCGACCACGAGCCUCGGCCGCCUCACUCAGUACUCAAGAUGAUGAGGGAUAUGUAUUCCACAAGGGCUACUGCUUCAAUCUUCUACACAAAUGAUGAAUGCGUAGUGUGUGAUAUUAUCAUAAGACAGUUGUCGGACCUUCCUGCAGAUGACAAGCGUCGGAAUGAAUACUUACACCUUAUGGAGGGAGUCAUAGUAGCUGGGAGAUGGACAGAACACCAACAUAGACGCAAAGAAUUGUGCUCCAGCUGUGCCAAUAUACUUGCCGAGGAGGAACCAGCGGCAGUAGAUGAUCAGAAGAUCAUCAAUUCCCUCAUGGAAAGUCAGCCGUACUUUUUUCAUGUUUGAGUGAUGUAAGUACGUCAAGCAUCCUGUUAGGAGGUGUUUCAUAAAUGUAUACAGAUUUGGUUAUCAAGUUCUGUAAAGUUUUCCCUCCCUUUUCUAUUUUCUUUUCUUUUCUUUUUUCUUCUUUUUAAAAGAAAAGCAAGUGGUUUCAAUUAUUUUUUGACCACCAAGAAAGUAUUUUGAUUGUGAUGUCCAGCAAAAUAGUAUGCCAAGCUUUAUAUUUUUUAAACAUAAAGAAAAAUCUUCCAUGAGAAAUUAUGUGCCAACUGUAGGAUCCUGUACACUAUACACUAUUCAAUGUAUCCUAGGGCUUGAAUGGGCAUUAGUAUGAAGUGUGAUAGCCCAGUGACAUGUGUGCAGCUUUCAGUAGGAGGUCUUGGGAAGAGUGAGAGUGACAUAGAGGAAGAACAUGAGCUGGAGAUACCACUUGAAAAAAGGACACCAGAGCCCAUUCUUGUAAUUAUUUUUGUUAUUAUUAUUAUUAUUAUGAUUAAUAUUAUUAUUGUUAUUAUCAUUAUUGUUAUUCUUAGUUGCCAUUACUACUGGUGUAAUUGUUGAUAUUAUUAUUAUUAUUAUUAUUAUUAUUAUUAUUAUUAUUAUUAUUUGUAAAGUGGUACAUAUCAAAAAAGAAUUUUUUUAUAUUACCUCAGAUUUUGAGAAAGGAUUGUCACCUGUCAAAGUGCACAUACAGUAUUAUUUUACAUAAACAUGUUUUAUCAUUUGAAUUUUGGGCUUACAAGGCUUUUUUCAAAUACAUUAGUUCAUCUUUUAACAUGUAGCAUACAUGAUGGUGAUUCCUGUUCUGGCAUAAGUGAAGAGAAUGGUAAAUAUGAAUUUGGUUUAUCAUAAAUUGUAUCUCACAAAUUGUACACAGUUCAUAGAACUUUUGGAAAUAAUUUUCCUGAAUAGUAAUAAGAUAUUGUUUGAUUUCAAUAAUUUGAGACUUGAUUAUUAUUCUGAUUUGGUUGAGUAUUCUCCAUUAUAGUUCCUUCAUAAGGGCAUUAUGUAAGUUUACUGUAUGUCAUAUGCUGAGCGGACAGCUGUGUUUGAAAUACUCAAAUCAUAAGUUAAGAUUUCCACAGAAGAAGUUUGAGAAGGAAAUUGGUAGCUGCAGGUUCUGUGCCUGGAAAAUACACCUAUAAAAGGUCUUAUGGUGUAUGCUUACAUCAUAUGUCUAUUAAUGAUUGAGCAGGGAUAGGAUAAGUGAAGGAAUGUAAAGUGGUAAAUAGAUGAUUAUUAGUAAAAUUCGGCUUUGAUAUUUGGACUUUGAUAUUUAAGAAAAAAUAAAAAAUAAAUUGUGACAUAAAGCUAAAUUAUCAGUAAUGAAGGGCAAUGCAGUUUACCCCAAAAUGCCAUUUAUAUGUUUUUGUAUGGUAGUGUAGAUAUUGUUAUUUUCCCUGUUUGUACAUUUUAUUGAUAUUUGGAUUUUUUUAUAGCAUGUGACAUACAGUAAACUUUCUAGCAUAGUUUAAUUUUUUUGUUUGCAUUAGUGGAAGAUGAUAAGUUGUUUUGUGAACUGUGUAUUUAAUUGACUUAAAUUGAUUCCUGAACUUUGGUUAUUCAGAAAAUGACUAUCAUUUACAACUGAAGCUUUAACUUGAUUUUGACGAGACAAUAUAUUUAGAAGUAAGACUCAUAUGGAUCAGUGCCUUUUAUUAUCAACAUUUGUCAGCAGCUGAUAAAAUGUCAAAGGCUGUUUAGAUGAACUCCAAAACUAUUUUUAAAAAAUCUAAAGGCAAGGGUUGCUUGCCGGUUUCCUGCUCAGAUGCAGUGUUCAAAACGUCUUCAAAAGCUUUUGCUGACAAUCAAUUUGGUGGAUAAAUGUUGGAUAUCUCUUUCUUUUCCCCUUGAUAGGAAGAUAUAUAUAUGUAAUAUAGUUUUAGCAACUACAACUUUUUCCUUAGCAUGAAGAUAUAUAUGUUGAAUCAUAACUAAGUUGCCAUUUUUUUAGGAAUAAACAUGUUACCAUAUUUUUACAGGAAAGGUUAGGAUAAAUGUGGCUUAGUUGAGGUCUCCAGAGUAUUGUUAUUACCAGUGAGUUUUUUAUUCGUUUUUGUUAUUUUUUUAUCUCUCAUUAUCAUUUCUGUUGGAGGUUGACUAUGGUUAGUGUUUAAAAUUACAUUUGCAGUAAUUGGUAAGAAAAUCAUAUUAAUUGGUGAUUGCAGAAGUGAUUUCUUUCAGUCUGAUAAAAAGACAAGGCUGGUUGUGCAUGCACAAACUCUGCAUUUUUGUAGAUUAUAAUGUGGUACUGAACAGCACUUUACCGAGACAUUUUUACUGACAUUUUGUAAUUUAAGUUUUACCUAGUUCAUUAUAAGAGACUGUUUUGUCCAUAAAACUUUAAAAAAGAGUGAAACAUACAGAGAAAAAAUUAAGGUAUGAAAAAUAUUUCAUAUGUUAAAAAUUGUAAUUACAGUCUAACUUGUCUUUAAUAAAGAUAGAAAGACACUAA